AUGAAAUCUGAACCACCGACACACUUCUUAUCAAUGAGAAUUGUAAAUCCUGCUUUGAAUUCAAACCUUCAGACGCACUUCUAUGACAAGGCUAUACCGUACAAGAAUGGAAGUGCUCGAAAUCACUUGAUUCCGUCAAGCAAGUUCCAUAUCACUCUAUUCGUCUUCCGCAUAUCAAACUCUGACGACGAGGAAAUCGCUCUACAAUGUUUCGAUCGCUGCCGCAACUUGAUCAACACUCACUUCCAAGAGCCACCGAUAUUGUCAUUCAAAGGAUUUCGUACAUUUGGAGCUGGUCGUGUCAUAUUUGCGAACGUUGAAGAAAAUGCUGAAUUGAAUCGAUUGAGAACCUUCAGAAGCAAGUCUCACACCAUUGUUUGUUUGGAACCGCAACAUUUCAUGAACCUGACCAUCUUUUAUUGUCCUUUAGAUGAUGCAUAUGAUAUGUUCAAAGCUGCUGGUCUUAUAGGCAAGGAUGAACGAGACUGGACAGUCCAUGCCACUGUGGCGAAAGUGCAGGGAAAGGGUGGAGUGGUCUUGAAGGAUUUGUGGCAUGAACAGUUUGCUGAUAUCGAUGAUAUCCACCUCGGCACAUGUACGUUCGAGUCGGUGGAACUGUCGUGCAUGCAGUUAAAGGGCGAGGACGGUUAUUAUUUACCAUUGUCGAUAUUGCCAUUCAAUCGUACUGUUGUGUAA